UCGAUUCAAUUCUAACGCAAUUAAAUACUUAUAUCACUAUGAUAAACUUUAUAUUUUAAUUCCAGGAAGGGACGAAUUAUCUCAACCGGGUUCAAUAAAUGGCUAUGGAAAUAAUUCCGGAGGUGGCGGCGGCAGCGGGGGUGGUGGUAGUAACGGAGGUGGAAACGGUGGCGGAGGCAACGGGGUUGGAAGUGGUAGUAAUGAGGGAUGCGAUGCGAAGAAGAGAAAAGGACCUACGCCUCGACAACAAGAAGAAUUGUGCCUUGUAUGUGGCGAUCGUGCGUCUGGUUAUCAUUACAACGCCCUUACGUGCGAAGGCUGCAAGGGCUUUUUCAGACGAAGCAUCACCAGGAACGCUGUGUAUCAGUGUAAAUAUGGCAACGGCUGCGAAAUCGACAUGUAUAUGCGCCGCAAGUGCCAGGAGUGCAGACUGAAGAAGUGUCUGACGGUUGGCAUGAGGCCGGAAUGUGUUGUGCCCGAGUACCAAUGUGCGGUGAAGAGAAAAGAGAAGAAAGCGCAGAAGGUAGAUACUAUAUCGUAUUAUUUAAAUUAUAUGAUGUUUUUUUUUAAAGCUAUUUUCAUGAGUUAA